CCUUUGCGACCCGACUGGAUUUCGGUUCGAUUCGUACCACGGUGCCGCUAGCCUUUGAUCACGAUAGAACAUUGCAAUCUCCCCCCAUCGCUGCAUUUGCUUGUUCAAGAUCCCAUCCCUUCUUCUCCCUUUGAUUGGAAGCCACCAACCAGCACCAUGUGUGGUAUCUUUGGCUACAUCAACCACCUCAAGCCGCGUACGCGCAAGGAGAUUAUCGACAUGCUCAUUGCUGGUCUCAAGCGCCUCGAGUACCGCGGCUACGAUUCAGCUGGCAUGGCCAUCGACACCGACGACAAAUUUGGUGCCACUGGCUCCCGCACCUUCCAGCUCAUCAAGAAGAGUGGCAAAGUGGCUGGUCUCGAAGAAGCUGCCCUGAACCAGGAGCUCAACUACGACCAGGUUUUGGACCAGCACUCUGGCAUUGCCCACACCCGCUGGGCCACCCAUGGCCCCCCCAGCGAGGUCAACUGCCAUCCGCACGCCUCGGAUCCCACCAACGAGUUUGUCAUCAUCCACAACGGCAUCAUCACCAACUACAAAUCCAUCAAGACAUUCUUGCAGGAGAAGGGCCAUGAAUUUGUGUCUGAGACGGACACGGAGGUCAUUGUCAAGCUGGCCAAGUACAUCUUUGACGAGCACCAGCAGAAGCAGACCCCCUGCGAUUUCCGCACUCUUGUCGAAGAGACCAUCCUUCGUCUGGAGGGCGCCUUUGCCGUCAUUUUCAAGAGCGUGCAUUACCCCAAUGAGGUGGUCGCGGCCCGCCGUGGAUCCCCCUUGCUGAUCGGCAUCCUCACCGAGUCCAAGAGUGCAGACAUCAUCCCCAUCAGCAUUUCCGAUCGCACCAAGAAGACGGGCAAGGUUCGCACGCUCUCACCCUUGCCCCCCGAACCGCGCCCUUCCUUUUGCACCCUUUUGCACAUUGACACCCAUGACCCGGUCGAAUACUUUUUGGCCUCGGACGCCAGUGCCCUCAUCGAGUACACGAACCGCGUCAUCUACCUUGAGGACGAUGACGUCGUGCACAUUCGCGGUGGCAACCUCUCUCUGCAUCACGUGAAGCAGUCGCAAUCGGACAAGGCCUUUGUGGAACACCGCACUACCUUGGACAUGCAGGUCAACGAGAUUCAAAAGGGCAACUUUGCUCACUUCAUGCUCAAGGAAAUUUUCGAGCAGCCCGAGUCGGUUGUCAACACCAUGCGUGGUCGCGUGCGUGCCUCGGAGAAGCUGGUCAAACUUGGUGGCCUGGUGGAGCACAUUGGUGACAUUCGCCGUUGUCGCCGCCUGCUAUUCAUUGCUUGUGGCACGAGCUACAACUCGGCCAUGGCCACGCGUCAAUUUAUGGAAGAGAUGACGGAGCUACCCGUGAUUGUGGACAUUGCCAGCGACUUUUUGGAUCGCGGUUGUCCCAUUUUCCGUGAUGAUGUCUGCUUCUUCAUCAGCCAGUCCGGCGAGACAGCUGAUACCUUGGACGCGCUUCGGUACUGCCAGCGCAAGGGGGCCCUUAUUGUGGGCAUUACCAACACGGUUGGCUCAACACUGUCCCGGGAGUCGGAUUGCGGUGUUCAUAUCAACGCUGGUCCUGAGAUUAGCGUGGCAUCAACCAAGGCAUACACUUCGCAAAUCAUCACUCUCGUCAUGUUCGGCUUGAUGAUGUCGGAGGACAGCAUUCGGAUGCAAGCCCGUCGCCAAGAGAUCAUCCAGUGCCUUGAGGAUCUUCCUGACCUUAUUCAGGCAGUUCUGGAGAAUAACGAUGUCAUCAAGAAGCACGCUGAAGACAUUGCCGCGGAGAAGAGCAUCUUGGUCAUGGGUCGUGGCUACAGCUUUGCCAACUGCUUGGAGGGUGCCUUGAAAAUCAAGGAGCUGACAUACAUUCAUGCCGAGGCCAUCUUGGCCGGCGAGCUCAAGCAUGGUCCUUUGGCUCUGAUUGAAGAGAAGAAGAAGAUUAUCAUGCUCAUCAUGAAAGACAAGACGCUGAGCCAAUCAGAGAAUGCGCUAGCCCAGAUCACGGCCCGGCACGGUCGCCCCUUGAUCAUCUGUCCCGAGGGGUACGAGCCAAAGUUGGAUUCGGGCGUUGUGCUCAAUUGCAUCAAGGUUCCCAAAAUUGUGGACUGCCUCCAGUCGGUGCUCUCAGUCAUCCCCCUCCAGCUUCUGUCAUAUCACAUCGCCACCCACCUUGGCCGCAAUGUGGACAAGCCCCGAAACUUGGCCAAGUCUGUGACGGUGGCCUGAGUUUGUUUGUCAAAGCCAUCACAUUUUAACGCAUUUUGCGCCUUUCUUUCUGCUGGUCUGAUUCUUUGCGGAGCUUGAUUGGGUCGGGCAUGACAUGGGCACACGUUUGGCCCCGAAUCAAGCAGGCAGCAGGACCUGAUUGACCUGUAAGCCCAACCAGGUUGUCCGAGUGCUUCUUCCUUGCCCAUGUGAAAAAUAUGCUGGGCUUGUUUUUGUUGUUGCUGUUGUUGUUUGCCUCUGUGGAUGUGUGCGAUUUUGAACUCCGAACAUAUCUCGUGUGUGUGCGUGUUUGUGUGUAUGUUGGUGUGAACCAAUCCACUUAAGAUUGUGCA